AUGAUCACUCCGCUCUUACCGAAUGGCGCCAGGGCGCGGGCGGUGGCGCGGAGCAGCGCCAGGUACUCGUUCAGACUGGUGAACUCGAGCGACAGCAGCGCAUCCGCGUCGGCUGCCUGCCGUGAUGUAGGUCAUCAGAAAGCCGACUGGGUUAGUAUCCAUGAGAAAAUAUGCCAGCUGCUGAUUCCAGUCCGCACAUCCCUCCCUUCUCUCACUUCUGAAGAAGAAAGAAAACACGGAGUGGAACAGCUGGUGAAGAGGCAGAAAUACAUCAUCGAUCUUACAUCCAGCACAGCCCAGAAGUUUAUUUUUGAUGGAAAGCAUGAAAAAGCAUUACCUGCAGCUCUGCAUGCACUGCGUUUCAGCAGCAAAGUGUAUGGCCCAAGUUCUGUGCAACUGGUACCUGCCUAUCUCCUCUUGGCUGACGCCUGCAUUGGUGUUGGCAACUUUCAGCAGGCAUCUAACUAUCUCUCCCAAGCUCAGUGGAUUGUCCUCAGAACUCCAGAUUGCAGCGGUGCCUUCCAGCAUAGAUUGCAUCGCAGUCUGGGGCUUCUCUGUGCUGCUGAUGGAAACUUCGAUAAGGCUUUGUAUCACCUGGCCAAUGAUAUUUACCUCGCCAGUUCUACAUUUGGACUAAAAUCUGUUGAGGCCUCUGGGGGGUAUUUCCACAUGGCUAAUGUUUUUUCUCGCCAGAACAAAAUGGACAUAGCAAGCUCAUUGUAUGCUGAGGUCACUGACAUCUGGCACACCUUUCUUGUGAAGUCAGUCCAAACACAGGAGCAAAUUCACAAGUCGAGAGCAGAAAAGUCUCCAUUCACCGAGGACAAGGAAGUGGAAGUCGGUGAAGACACCAUGACUGAAGCCCAGCAAGCAGAAGCAAUUCAGGUCCUGAAUGCAGUACUAGAUAUCAGAGAAAAGGCACCAAAGCAACAACCUGGGGAAACUGCCAGAGUCUUGCAUGCUCUUGCAAUGCUUUAUUACCUAAUCAUGGAUUUAUCAAAGGCUUGUGAAAUAGGGAUGAAAGCGUUUGACCUGCUGAAACAACUACCCCAGCAAGAGCCUCUAGAAGCCAUCGGCUAUUUGUUAAAGCUGAUUGACUCCCAGGCUUCCUGCACAAAAUAAGGAGCUCUUUCUAUCAGAGCCAGUCUAUACACAGAGCAGGAAAUGUAUCCGUGUGGUGACUUUCGGUGGCUCUGGGAUCCACGUGGUGACGAUGGGCAAGGUGUGCUGCAGCGUGGGACGGCCGCCCGCUCCCGGCUCCGCGGGGCUCCGGGGGACAGCGUGGUGCCAGGGAAGGCUGAGGCCGCAGCUCUGCGCUGCUGCUGAACCCCUGCUCCUCUCCGCCAGCACUUCGUGCCACGGUUAACCAAUAAGGCAAAUAUUGCCAAGAACACACCAAGAGAUCCCCUCCCCUCCCAUGUCAGCCUACCCGAGCGCACAGCCAGCACGAGAACAGAUGAAAUCCAGGCGAGGAAGCGCACGCAGCCCUCUGCUCAGAAAGGUGAGGAGCCGUUCCAGGAGCCUGCACCAGGGGAGACAGUGCUCUGCCCCCUGCUCCAGUACUACCGACCUCCCCAGCCUGCUCCAGGGGAAGCACUCGGCCCUGACAGAGGAGCAGGGCUGCACCCACACCUCUCAUCCUCAGCGCUGCCCCAAGGUGCUCCCAGAGGGCAAGGAAUUCCCAUCCACAAACCAAUGGGGGGGCUGAAAUCUUAGACUGCUUUAAAAAAUAACUUUAAAAAAAAAAAAUCUUGGUUUAGACUUAGUCAAAUUACACGAUUUCGCUACGAUUAGAAUGUUAAAAAAAAGUUUCCAGCUUUAAAAACUUCCGCUAUGUGAUUUCUCGCAUGAAAUAACCUAUCUCUUCCUUAAAAAGGGAGCCACCCUCCUGCUCACAGAGGCUGGAGGAUGCUGCUUGGUUGGUUUUAAAACAUUAGUCAUUGUUGCUGAAUCUAUCGGCUUUGAAAUCCUGGACUUGAAACCAGCUAAAAUCG